CGCAGCCAGCCUCAGGUUACAACACUUUCAUGGUCUCCGUCGCUGCCGCUGUUGGGCUGUUUUUUGUGACAGCCAGCAAGGCUGCAGCUUUUUCUGGUCGCUUAGAAAGCUGUCCUCCUGUUUAUGUUCCUGAACCUCAUAGGAGCGCCGAAGAAAUGACUUUUCUGUCGAGGAUUUAGCGAGUUUGUGUUGUUGAAUACUUGAAGCCACCUGAAACUAGCUGGACUGUUGACUUGUCACCAUGAGAAGCAGGAGCAACUCGGGAGUUAAACUGGACAAUUAUGCCCGGAUGGUGCACCAAACUAUCCUCAGACACCAAGAUCCAGUGACGGGUCUUCUGCCAGCCAACUCUGAUCAGCCUCACUCCUGGGUCAGAGACAAUGUGUACAGCAUCAUGUCUGUGUGGGGUCUCAGUCUGGCGUACAGGAAGAACGCCGACAGGGAUGAAGACAAGGCCAAGGCCUACGAACUGGAGCAGAGUGUGGUGAAGCUAAUGAGAGGCAUCCUUCAGUGUAUAAUGAGGCAGCUGGAUAAGGUGGAAAAGUUUAAAUACAGCAGAAGUACCUCAGACUCGCUCCAUGCCAAGUACAACACCAGGACCUGUGCUCCUGUGGUCGGAGACGACCAGUGGGGUCACCUGCAAGUCGACGCCACCUCACUCUUUCUGCUCUUCCUCGCUCAGAUGACUGCAUCCGGUCUUCACAUUGUCUACACCCAAGAUGAAGUAGAUGUAGUCCAGAAUCUUAUGUUUUACAUUGAGGCAGCUUACAAAGUGGCUGAUUAUGGGAUGUGGGAAAGAGGAGACAAAACCAACCAGGGCAUUACUGAAAUCAACGCCAGCUCUAUUGGCAUGGCCAAGGCAGCUCUGGAGGCUUUGGAUGACCUUAACCUGUUUGGCGCAAAAGGAGGACCUGGAUCUGUGGUCCACGCUUUGGCUGACGACAUACAGCACUGCCAGUCCAUCCUGACGUCGAUGUUACCCAGAGCCUCCAUGUCUAAAGAAGUGGAUGCCGGCGUUCUGGCCAUCAUCUCGUACCCCGCCUUUGCUGUUGAUGACAUCAGCAUCGUCAACAUGACCAAGGAGGAGAUAAUCUCCAAACUGCAGGGUCGAUACGGCUGCUGCAGAUUUCUCAGAGACGGACACAAAACACCUAAAGAGGAUCCAAACCGUCUGUAUUACGAGUCUGCAGAGCUGAAGCUGUUUGAAAACAUUGAGUGCGAGUGGCCGCUGUUCUGGACCUACCUCAUACUGGAUGGCAUCUUUAUCAACAGCCCUGAGCAGGUGCAGGAGUACCAGGAGGCUCUGGAGGGUAUCCUGAUCAAACAGAAAGACGGGAUACGACUGUUGCCGGAGCUCUACAGUGUCCCUCCAGAUAAGGUGGAGGAGGAGUAUAUGAACCCUCACUCUGUGGAGAGGAUCCCGAUGGGUAAAUGUCCUCUGAAAUGGGGACAGUCUCUGUACAUCCUGGGAAACCUUUUGGCCGAGGGAUUUCUGGCCCCCGGAGAGAUCGACCCUCUUAACCGACGUUUUUCCACCAUCCCAAAGCCUGAUGUAGUUGUACAGGUUUCAAUUCUGGCGGAGACUGAGGAGAUCAAAGAGCUGUUGUUGAAGAACGGCAUAGAUGUAGAGACUGUUGCUGAUAUCCAUCCCAUCCACGUGCAGCCCUCCAGAGUCCUUAGCCACAUCUACGCCAGACUCGGUAGGAACCUGAGGCUGGGUCUGACGGGACGGCCCUACAGGAGAAUAGGAGUGCUGGGAACUUCCAAAUUCUACACCAUCAGAAACACCAUCUUCUCAUUCACACCUCAGUUCAUCGACCACCAGCAGUUCUACUUAGCGUUGGACAACAAAAUGAUCGUGGAGAUGUUGAGGACAGAAAUCGCCUACCUCGCAUCCAGAUGGAGGAUGACCGGACGACCCACCGUCACUUUUCCCAUUUCACAAACUAUGCUGACUGAAGACCGUACAAAACUGGAUCCUGCAGUUCUGGCUACACUGAAGAAGCUACAGGAUGGAUAUUAUGGAGGAGCAAGGAUCCAGACGGGAAAGCUAUCAGAGUUCUUAACCACCUCCUGUUUCGCUCACCUGAGCUUCCUGGACGGUAAGGGUUCUGGCAGCAUGAGCCGCCAUGACGAAGAGUAUGAUGAUGAGAGUGACGGCGAUGGAUACGUGCAUGAGUUACGCAAUGAUGAUGAGGCUGACGACCUCGCUCAGUACCUGGACCACCUGUUGGCUCACGCUGGACCCAAGAAGCCCAAACGUCAGAUUGGAGGUCUGGGGAGAUUCAAGGCAGCGGCCACCAAAACCAAGGAGAUGGUGUCUCUGAUGAACAAGGCUCAGGGACUCGACGUCCACAAUGUGAACAUGUACCUGCCGAAUAAGUUGUUCCGUCCUCCUCAGUCGUCUCUCAAUCUGAACCUCCCAGAGUCCUCUUCACCGCAAGAAGCUCAGGGUCUGCAGGUGAUGUCAACAGAGAGCGGUAUCCCAAGAGAUGCCAGCGGAGGCAUCGACUACAACGCUUUGGUCCAGCUGCUAAAAGACACACAAAGUCUUCAGGACCAGGCCGAUAUACUCUACAUCCUCUUCAAAGACAAGGGCAUGGAUUGGGACACUCAUCUGCAGGGUAAAGGCUCCACUGUGAGGUCUCUGCUGUCUGACCUUUAUGAGAAGGCCGGUGAACUCAAACACUGGAGCCUCAUCAGGAUGAUCUCUGGCAUUCUGAGGAAGAAGGUGGAGGAGCUCGACUCGGCCUGCUCUGAUUUGCUGGCGCAUCAGAAGCACCUGACAGUGGGUCUGCCUCCUGAGCCCAGAGAGAAAACCAUCACAGCUCCCAUACCUGCUGACCAGCUGGCUGCUCUCAUCGACGAGGCCAGCGACAACAACAUCAGCGUGGCCAUACUCACUCAGGAGAUCAUGGUGUACCUCGCUAUGAGUAUUAGGACUCAGCCCAACCUGUUCACCGAGAUGUUCAGGCUGCGUAUCGGCCUCAUCAUCCAGGUGAUGGCCACCGAACUGGCACAGUCACUCAACUGCUCGGGAGAGGAGGCCACGGAGAGUCUGAUCAGUCUCAGUCCAUCAGAGCUGAAGAAUCUCCUCCACCAUAUACUCAGCGGGAAAGAGUUCGGAGUGCAGCGCAGCGUGAGAGACCUGGAUGCGGGUGUCAGUCCUGCCAUCUCCAUCCAUCACCUGGGCAAUGUGGGUGCCACCAAGAGCGAGCGAGCUGGUAUCAGCAAACUGAAGAGCGACAUGAAGAUGGCGGAGCACAGGUUGUCCUUGACAGAUCCUUUUAAGGAACCCAGGUUGUCUUUGACAGAGCCGGUUGCAGAGAUGGACCGCAGGGUGUCUUUGACUGACUCAGUUAAGAUGCAGAGCGAUCACAGGUUGUCUUUGCCAGACCUCAGAGUGAUGAUGCUCGAGCAGUCACUGAACUUCCCUCGCAAGGGUAUGAGAUCUCAGUCUCUGGACAUAGAAAACAUUGAAUCUGGGAGGUACAGGCUGCCGUCCAUAGAAUCUCUGGACAUUCCGGAAUGCAUGCCGGCUGCCAAGGAUACCAGACACGGCCAGUGGCUGCGUAGGAGGCGUCUGGACGGAGCAUUAAACCGAGUCCCUGUGGGCUUCUACCAGAAAGUCUGGAAGAUCUUGCAGAAGUGCCACGGUUUGUCCAUAGAAGGGUUCGUCCUUCCGUCCUCAACCACCAGAGAGAUGACACCAGGAGAAAUCAAAUUCUCUGUCCACGUGGAGACGGUCCUGAACCGUGUCCCUCAGCCUGAAUACCGCCAGUUGCUGGUGGAGGCUAUUUUGGUGCUUACCAUGCUGGCUGACGUGGACAUCCCGAGCAUCGGCUCCAUCAUCCACGUGGAGAAGAUCGUCCACCUGGCCAACGACAUGUUCUACAAGGAUCAGAGGGACCUUGGAGCUGAGGAGCACAUCCUGGAAAGGGACCCGUCCACAGGGGUGUGCAGGCUGCUGUACGACAGUGCACCCAGCGGCCGCUUUGGGAGCAUGACCUACCUCACCAAGUCUGUGGCGGUGUACGUGCAGGACUUCCUGCCCAGCGGGUCGUGUGCGGUGCAGUGAGACGACGACCCGUGACAGCAGAGCAGAGGUGAAACCACUCAGUAGAAAAUGAAGCUAAAAUUUGCAACAUUUUUCACUUUAAAAUAGCAAUAAAUUAACAGAACAUUAA